CCGGCUCUCUUGCGCCGUCGCACCGACCACAGAGAACUUCCCCGGCCGGAUAACCAAGACGGCGACGACAAAGCCUCCGGCAAUCCGUUCGGGACGCUGAAACGCCUACCGACCGGUCAGAUUGCUACAGGCUUUGGUAGCGCUUCGCCCUGGUCUGCUGGUCCCAAUUCUGCUGCUCUGUCGCCAAUGGGUACCUUUGGAUCUUUCGCGUCGGCAGGUGCUUCGGGAUCGCAAGGCAUUUUGGGCGACAAGCGUCCAGGAAUCGGAAGUGGAAGGACGGAGAGUAGAUUCAAAAAUCUUUUGAGUAAGGACAGUCAUGAAGACGUGAGUUUGGGUACUGGGGAGAGUAAAUCUGGCCAUCCUGGCGCGGCGAGACAACAUCAGGACGAACAGGAUGACGACGAUGAUGAUUCGGCCAAUCCUGCAGAGGACUCGGUUCCAGCUGGAAGCGCUUCGCUCGUUGCCGACGCCGAUCUUAGCCCCCCACAACAAAGGCAGGCCUAUCGUGGCUUCGGGACACCUCACCGACAGGGCAACGCAGACGGUAACGCCUUUGCUGCAUUUGGCAUGAACUCUACCAUGGGCGGAUUCGGCUCUGGCUUCGCUCAUCAUCAGCAGACUCCUGCAAAUCAACGUAACGGACCUGGUCACGGAAAUGGCAAUGAACCUAUGAGCCCGACGGACACCAAUCCUUACCAAUCACCCGACCAGAAUAAUGUUAUUCGCACGCACGAAGAAAGCGACUUGAGCGAAGCCGACCUGCGAAAGCAUCUAGCGGGUCUUGGAGGCUCGAGUUCCGACCUUUCAGGUCAGCCAGGAAUCUUGAGCGGUCUCGGCGCUCUGCCGUCCCAUGCACUUCGUGGCCCUGGACCUGUCGGACCAGCAAGCGACAGGAGCCAAACUUCCAGCGUCGCGCCCGGUCGUGGAUUUCCAACCCUCUCUGGUCUGGGCCAACUUGGCGGCGGUCCCGGCUCCAACGCCUGGCCUGGAACCCAAGGAGCAAUUGGCACACCUACUAGACAGGCAGCUGGCUUGUCGAACGUGUUGAAUGGUGGUGUUUUUGGAAACUCAAUGUCUGACCUACACUCUCCUGGUGGGUUUGGCGGCUUGGGCUCGUCGAACUUGAUCGGCUCUUCUGGUGCGCCUUUCGGGGGCAGCAGAAUGGCGAGCGUUUUCCCGCAAGCUAUGCAAGAUCAGAUGCGCCAACCUGAACACAAACAAGAUGACCUGCAUGACAGGGUCGGAGCUUUCGCCGGUCUCGGAGAACUUGGAAGGAGCAGUGAUAGCCCUUUCAACAAUUCGUCCUUUGGCGAAGGUCAUCAAGAUCAAGGGCCUGACAGCCAAACGGGACAGUUCAGCGGCCUCGGUCAACAAAUGGGACAGCUGGACCUUGGCUCUCAUCCCCAUGGUCAAUCACAAGUGUUGGGCAGCUCGGCCUCGAAUCAACCACCAGCUCCGCAGCAGCGUACGAUGGUCAUGCCUGACCGGAUGCGAUGGAUUUAUCGUGAUCCACAAGGUCAGACCCAAGGUCCCUGGUCUGGCCUGGAGAUGCACGAUUGGUACAAGGCAGGCUUCUUCUCACCCGAAUUGCUGGUCAAGAAAUAUGAAGAUCAGGACUAUGAGCCACUGGCGCAGCUUAUCAGACGCAUAGGAAACUCCCGUGAGCCGUUCCUGGUGCCUCAGAUCGGCAUCCCGCAUGGUGCACCAUCUGGCAGCGGUCCGAAUGCCUGGGCCGGCACGGGAUCGCUUGCGAGCAAUGGUGCAGCACCCAUCGGUGGAGCUCAGCCUCCAUUUGCUUCCAGCUUCCCUAGCUUUGGAACCACCCUGACCGCGGACCAGCAAAAUGCCUUGGAACGCCGUAAGCAAGAAGAGCAAUAUCUCAUGGCUCGUCAGAAAGAGCAUCUGGCCCAAGCACAGAUGAGUCAGCGCUUCCAGAUGCAAGGUGUCGGUCACCCGGGACUCAUUCCUGGUCAGCUCCAUCACCACAGCAGUGCGCACAGCCUGCACUCGCAACAAAGUUUCGGCAGCAUCACAGGGCCAGGGACUGGAUACCAGCAAGGGCCGCCAGCUGCAGCUCAUCAGCCCGGUUUCUUCGACAACUCGUUCCGAGCACCGCAGCCUAUUGGCGCAGGCACUAUCGGCUCGGGCGUCGAUGCCCUAGGUCAGAUCAGAGAAGAAGAUCCAUCGGGUCUGCUAGGUCGUUCAACCCUGAUCGGCAACCGCGCUGGCCCAGGUCAGUUUGGUGCUCCCGGUCAGCCUGCCAUCGGACAACAGCAAAGCCUUGGUGGUGGUAAGGAGCCCCACGAUGAUCGUGUGCAUCAAAUGCUGCAGGACCGCGCCCGUCUCGAGCAGGAACAAGCCGACUUUGAUGCCCAGAAUGAAGAUGACGACGAAGCCGAUGAAUCGAACGAUCGGCUGCAGGAGUUUGAGCAAUUACAGUCACGGGAAGAGAAUAUUCCCGCAACAGCGGGCAAAAGAUUGCCGCAAGUUCAGGCACAACGAGCACAAGCGGAGAGCUCGGCGUCUCAGAGCAGCAUCAGCUCUCCUGUACACGAUGCUGUGCAAGCCAAGGAGCAGUUUGCCAGGGACUCGAUCACCAAAACCGCCGAGCCAGGCCUCCCCCAGCCGUUCCCUGCGCCCGCAGUCGCCAAGAUGCCUCUCGCUGCCCCUGAGCCUCAGCGGCCCGGACGUCCCGUCGUUGCCGAGCAUCUUCAGCAAGAGCCUCGCGAUCACUCCGAGACACCUUCGGUCGAGGCCAAGAUCGCUCCUUGGGCCAAUAAGGAAGUCGGCGAGACCACCAAGGGUCCUUCACUCAAAGAAAUCCAGGAGAUGGAAGCGAAGCAAGCUGCAAAAGCGGAGGAACUUGCCAUCGCGGCUCGUCGCGCCGCUCUUCAAAAGGCCAUGGAGGCUGAAGCACAAGCUGCCAUCGUUCAGCCGGGCUUGCCGGCCGCAUCGAAUUGGGCGACUGGUUCUCCUGCGACUCCGACCGGCCCUGGACCUGCAGCAUGGGCCAAGACCGCUCAGAAGACCGCUGGCCCUGCUCAGGCCAAGAGCAUGGCUCAGAUCCAGAAGGAAGAGGAGGCCCGCAAGCGCAAGCUCGCCGCCGCAGCCGCUUUGAGUCAAACCAACAGCACAGCCAACGUCGCUGUUGCAAGUGGCGGAAAGAGCUAUGCCAACCUCGCUGGUAAGGUCUCCUUGCCGACUACAGGACCUACCGUCGGAGGCGCCUGGACCACUGUCGGCGCUAGCGGCAAGGUGAAGACCCCACUACCAGCCGCUCCAUCCACUGGUAGCAGAGCUGUCAGCGCCAGCAUACUGCCCACCGUCCAGAGCGCAGCAUCAGCAGCGGUUCGCAAGGUCCCUUCGCGAAGCUCCACACUGCUCCCCGGCGCGGUGAAUGCGCAGGAUGAAUUUAAGAAAUGGGCCGCCAACGAGCUGCGACCAGAUCUGAGCAAAGGCAUCUUAGGUAAGAGCUUCUUGAUCUACAUUAUUUUGAUAUCUGCAUUCUAACCCAAGCUUCUCCAAUAGCCGAGGACUUCGUUUCCUCCCUAACAAUGCUCCCCGCCGAGUCCGACAUCAUCACCGAGGCUGUCCACGGUGCCUCCAGCACCCUCGACAGCCGCCACUUCGCCGAGGAGUUCCUGCGCCGCAAGAAGCUCGCCGACAAGGGCCUCGUCGACGCCGCUCCCCUCAAGUCAGCCUCGCCUCACCACGCGGCGGGCGAAGGCAAGGCCGGUGGCUGGAAC